AUUCUCCUAAGGGAUGAUUUUCCUUUUUACCAAAACGUUUCUAUGAAGCUGUGCAGAUAAAUCCAUAAAGACAAGGAAUCUGAGAGUAACAUUUGUCUUCAAGCAAACUCCACAGAAGGUGAAGCUUGAGCAGGGGACAGUAAUGGAGUUCGUUAAUCACUUCAUGUUCUUGAUGUUGCAAUUCAUCAUUGUUCUGGCUUAUGCUACCAAUCCAGGGGUUCGAUUGGAUAUUCAAGAAAAACAUGUAAUCCACUUCUGCAAUGGCUUCUUCUCUAAUCACAUGUGGUGAUGGACAAUGGCAUAGUCCAGGUAACCUUAUCCAAUCCUGAAGGAAUUGUCACCGGAAUUCAAUACAAUGGGGUGGACAAUUUGCUGGAAGUUCUUAACCCUGAAGCUGACAGAGGGUACUGGGACAUUGUUUGGGACCAGGGUGGGAAUAAAACAACGAAAAAAGGAAAAAAGGGAAAAGGUAAAUUUGACAGAAUGGAAGCUACAAAUUUCACUGUGAUUGUGGCAAAUGAAGAACAAGUGGAAAUAUCUUUUACCAGAAUGUGGAAUUUCUCUCUUGAGGGGAAGCUUGCUCCACUCAAUAUUGAUAAAAGGUUUAUAAUGCUUAGUGGUUCAUCUGGGUUCUAUACCUAUGCCAUUUACGAGCAUUUGAAGGAAUGGCCUGCAUUUGAUCUUGACAAUACAAGGGUUGCAUUCAAACUUAGGAAAGACAAGUUCAAUUACAUGGUUAUAGCAGACGAUAGGCAAAGAUUUAUGCCUCUGCCAGAUGAUCGGUCACCGGAAAGAGGUCAAGUUCUGGCUUAUCCAGAGGCUGUUCUGCUUGUUGAUCCAGUGGAGCCGGAGUUCAAGGGGGAGGUGGAUGACAAGUAUGAGUACUCAUGUGAGAGCAGACACAACAGUGUUCAUGGCUGGAUUUCCAUCGAUCCAUUGGACUCCAUUGGAUGCUGGCUUAUUACACCCAGCCUAGAGUUCCGAUCUGCUGGGCCACUCAAGCAGUACCUUGCUUCCCAUGUGGGCCCAACCAUGCUCUCUGUUUUUCAUAGCACUCAUUAUUCAGGGGCAGAUCUGAUAAUGAAAUUUGGACCCAAUGAGCCUUGGAAGAAAGUAUAUGGGCCCAUAUUCAUAUACCUUAAUUCCCUCUCUAAUGGGUUCAGCCCAAUCAUUCUCUGGGAGGAUGCCAAACAACAGACGGUGAAUGAAAUUGAAAGCUGGCCCUAUACAUUUCCAGCUUCUGAGGACUUUCUCUCGUCUGAUCAACGGGGUAAAGUUGAAGGAAGAUUGCUUGUCCGAGACAGGUACAUUAGUGAUGCAUUCAUCCCAGUCAGUGGUGCUUAUGUGGGAUUAGCAGCCACAGGAGAUGCUGGAUCUUGGCAAAGAGAAUGCAAGGGUUAUCAAUUUUGGACUGUGACUGAUGAUAAAGGCUAUUUCUCAAUUAUUGACAUUCUUCCUGGGGACUACAAUCUCUAUUCUUGGGUCACUGGAUACAUUGGUGAUUAUCAGUAUGAGAAUGUCAUCAACGUAACCUCAGGUUGUGAAAUUACCGUGGGUGAGCUUGUUUAUGAGCCACCAAGAGAUGGCCCAACAUUGUGGGAAAUAGGCAUCCCUGAUCGCUCAGCUGCUGAGUUCUAUGUUCCUGAUCCAAAUCCCAAAUAUGUCAACAAACUCUAUGUUAAUCAUCCUGACAAGUUUAGGCAAUAUGGCUUGUGGGAGAGAUAUGCUGAUUUGUACCCAAAUGAAGACUUAGUUUACACGGUUGGCACUAGUGACUACAGCAAAGAUUGGUUUUUUGCUCAAGUUACCAGGAAGAAAGACAAUAACACAUACCAAGGUACCACAUGGAAGAUUAAUUUCAAUCUUGACUAUGUGAAUACCAGUGGAACUUACAAAUUGAGACUAGCUCUGGCUUCUGUUCAUGCUGCUGAGCUACAGAUUCGGAUAAACAACUCAGAAGCAAAUCCACCUUUAUUUUCUAGUGGAGUAAUUGGAAAAGAGAAUACCAUAGCCAGACAUGGAAUUCAUGGACUCUACUGGCUAUUCAGCAUUGAUGUGCAAGGAACUCUUCUUGUGCAGGGGAAUAAUACCAUCUUUCUAACCCAAACACAAAACAUAAGUCCUUUUCAAGGAAUUUUGUAUGAUUAUAUUCGUUUAGAAGGUCCCCCUUAUGUAAAUUAUGAAGACAAAAACUCGACAUUUUUGUGAAGAAAAAUGCGAUAGGAAAAAUGACAUAAAUUCAUUCAAUUAUAAUCAAUGGGAAAUUUACAUAUUGAUCAGCA